AAUUAUUAGAAUAUGAUUCUCAUCAUACAGAAUACAGAACUGAGAUUAGCAAAAAAAAAGAAUACAGAACUGAGAUACACUUGUUACUUAGUGACAAGUGUGUACACUGACACUUAUCACUCAGAACAAUUGUAGUCAACACUGUUGUCUUGACCCCAUUUUCUUUUACUCGUUUUAAAGCUCCCACUAUUCUCCUCCCUCCUCCAAGUGAUAUUUCCCUCCUUCCACUACCAUCUGCACGAGCCUUUGUCACCUCACAUCUGGUCCAUCUACUGUACUCCCUCCUUUAUUUUUAUUCCUUCAAAUACUAUACCAACUACUCACCACAACAUCUGCCAUUCCCAACCGACAAUGAUGCAAACCAAUACGGCAAUACCACCUUCUGAUUCUGAAGGAUCACCAAAACAAUAUCAUCCCAUAUAUCUUUCCUCACAUCUCCAAAUCACACACCAAAAAAGCUCCAAUAUGCAAAACCUCAUAUUUCUCUGCCUCACUAUUAUUUUCCUUCCCCUGCUUCACUUUCACCAUGUGCAAGCUCUCACUUCAGCUUCAGAUAUUGCAGCACUCAAGGCUUUCAAGGCCUCAAUCAAACCCUCUUCAAUCGCACCCUGGUCAUGCCUAGCAUCAUGGAACUUCACCAUCGACCCUUGCUCACUCCCUCGCCGAACCCACUUCAUCUGCGGCCUCACCUGCACCGCCACCACCACCACCAACAACAUCAACCAAAUCACCCUCGACCCUGCAGGCUACUCUGGCUCACUCACCCCACUCAUCUCUCAACUCACCCAACUCGUCACACUAGACCUCGCCGAAAACUCCUUCUCCGGCCCAAUCCCCUCUUCACUCUCUUCCCUCUCCAACCUCAAAACCUUAACUCUCCGAUCCAAUUCCUUCUCUGGUUCAAUCCCUCCCUCCAUAACCACCCUCAAAUCGCUAUAUUCUCUGGACUUUUCACACAAUUCCCUAUCUGGGUCUCUCCCAAACUCCAUGAAUUCCCUCAUCAACCUCCGCAGAAUCGAUCUCAGCUUCAACAAAUUAACCGGUUCGAUCCCCAAAUUACCACCCAACUUGCUAGAACUCGCUGUCAAGGCCAAUUCAUUAUCCGGGCCUCUCCAGAAAGCAACCUUCGAGGGGCUGAACCAGUUGGAAGUAGUGGAGCUCAGUGAGAACACACUCGCCGGAACAGUGGAACCGUGGUUCUUCCUCUUGCCAUCGCUGCAGCAGGUGGAUUUGUCAAACAACAGCUUCACCGGCGUUCAGAUCUCAAGACCCGCGCGUGGGGAAGGUAGCAACCUCGUGGCGGUGAACCUCGGAUUUAACAGAAUCCAAGGUUACGCGCCCGCGAAUCUCGCCGCGUAUCCUCAACUGUCGUCGCUGUCGAUUCGUCACAACUCGCUACGUGGCGCGAUCCCAUUGGAGUACGGUGGAAUCAAGUCCAUGAAGAGGUUGUUCCUGGACGGGAACUUCCUAGACGGGAAGCCGCCGGCCGGGUUGGUAGCCGCCGGCGCGGCGGUUACCGGCAGCUUGGGGGACAAUUGUCUGCAGAUUUGUCCAGUGUCUUCAAAGCUGUGCACGACCGCACAGAAACCGAGCUCUGUUUGCAAGCAAGCCCACCGUGGAAGACCAACACCGUAGUCUUGUGUCGGUUAAAAUAUAUAUACAAUUUAUUAAUUAGUUAUUAUUAAUAGAUGAAAAGUCAUCACUUUUCUAUAUAUUUUAGUAUUAGUUAGUUUGGUUAUUUUGUAAACUAUGCAGAGAUAAGGAAAUAAAGAAAUAUUUUAUGCGAUAAA